AUUGGCCUUACUUACAUCCAAUAAGAGAAGAACUACAAAAUUGAGCGACUGACGAAUGCCUACGUAGACGCUGAUUGGCUUUCGUCCGAGAGAAACAACCAUUCACCUCGUCCACUUCGUCGAAACUUGUUCUUCUGCUCUGUUCUUCGGCAGGUCUCAGCCCUCCAGAAGCCCCCUAACAAAAUAAAAAUGUACGCCGCCGCCAGAUUCAUCACCCCUGCUGCCCGCUCUGCGCUGGUUUCCACCUCCAAGACCUACCUGAGGCCGCUCAGCAGCGCCGUGAUCACCAGCUCACCCGCCCAGAACCAGCAGACCACCUCAACAUCCCUUGCCCUGCUCCCAGCUCGCAGUUUCCAGACCUCCGCCGUCUCGCGGGACAUUGACUCUGCCGCCAAGUUCAUCGGCGCUGGUGCCGCCACCGUCGGUGUAGCUGGCUCAGGAGCUGGUAUUGGAACAGUGUUCGGUUCCCUCAUCAUCGGCUAUGCCAGGAAUCCCUCCCUCAAGCAGCAGCUGUUCUCCUACGCCAUCUUGGGCUUCGCCCUGUCUGAGGCCAUGGGUCUUUUCUGUUUGAUGAUGGCCUUCCUGCUGCUCUUCGCCUUCUAAACAGGGCAUUUGGAAGAGAAGAGCCUGGCAAUAAGCAGGCCGGGGGCGUGGACCUCGCACCUCGGGUCUGCUUUCUAACGAGCUCUUAAUAUUAAUUAAUGUUAGUAAAAAACGAGAUGAAAAUGAACGGUUAACAGAAACAACACCUCAUUUUCGGUAAAAAGCAUAUUUGGGGGCUGGAGCAAGUGAGAUGAAGCGUAUGUACACUGUAAACAGUCAAUUCUAGUCUUCCUCGUUUAGGGGGGCUGAACGAGGUCGUAGUUUUCUUGAGCAGUGACAAACCGAGAUCCAGUGUGCUGCUCCGGAAAGUGAAACUGGGAUUGAAUCAUUUUGUCAGCAAUACAAGAUGCACCCUAACAUACAUAUUUAAAACUGUAGACGAAUAUUUGAAUAAAACAAUUCAAAAUCCCGGCAUCGUGUUAAGUACCAGCACUGACUGUCAUAUUUUUUUCGUUCAUUAAAUAUUUGAUUGUUAGCGAAAACAGUUCUUGUUUUAUUAAGCGUUUGGGAUUUCUGACACAAUGGCACUGUUAACAAAAUAAAGAUGGUCAACACUUCCUGUUAAA